ACUUUAAAGCUAGUGCCCUUUGCUCAUCUCUGGGACUGAAAGAUGUCUGCCUCGAACGCCACUUAUACCUUGUCAACGACGAUGAACGUUACAGAGAUGACACGCGAACCAGAAGACCCAUACCAGUUCUUAUUACCAUGGUGGCAACAGACGAUAUUCUACUUUGCAUUCGCUGCGAUUCUGCUGAUUUCUGCCGGCGGCAACCUUGUCGUCAUCUGGAUAGUUUUAGCCCACAAACGAAUGCGAACGGUCACCAACUAUUUCCUUGUCAACCUGGCUCUGGCGGAUUUCCUCAUCUCUCAAUUAAAUCUUCCGUUUACGUUUCUAUACUUGUUGUAUCAAGACUGGUGGUUCGGAACGUUCUUCUGCAAACUAUCGUGUUUUAUAUCCCCGUGUACUAUCUCUGCAAGUGUUCUUACCUUUAUGGCCAUUUCCGUUGACAGAUACAUCGCCAUUCUGUAUCCGCUGCGACCACGCAUGCCAAAACGUCACGUGAUUUUGGCCAUAAUUUUCAUCUGGCUCUUCUCCAUAGCAUUGGCAUUACCUAAUCUAAUUUACUUUGAAACGGCAACUAAUCUUGCCGGUACGAUCUGCUUUAUCACGUGGCCAAUAGAAACGGAUCUAGCGUAUAACUACCUUCUUCUUGUACUGAACUACCUGUUACCGUUGCUCACCCUUGUCUCCGCCUACUCGCGCGUUGGGAUGGAGCUAUGGGGAAGCAGGGCUAUUGGGGAGGAGACGUCAAUCCAGACAGAUAGGGUCAAGUCGAAACGAAAGGUGGUUAAAAUGAUGAUCGUGGUGGUUCUGAUAUUUGGUAUAUGCUGGCUACCAAUGCACGCAUACUAUCUGCUGACCAGCCACUACAGAUCUAUAACCGAAUACAAAUACAUCCAACAGAUCUACAUAAUCAUCUAUCUGAUGGCCAUGAGUAACUCCAUGUAUAACCCGAUAAUCUAUGGGUGGAUGAAUUCUAGAUUCCGGGAGGGGUUCAUUCACGUGUUCUGCUGUUGCCCGUGUCGCCGUUGCAAGAGGUCGAGGACCCAGCUUCGCUUGCGUCGAACGCUCUUUCCAAGCGCGACGAGGGCUAUGUCCGAGAAGUAUGGCCCCGAUCGAAACGGUUCAACGAUGCACACGUUGACGGAAUACGUGGACACGGAAUCCUACGGCACACGACGCAGCAAUCAAAGCCAAAGCACCGUUCGCCGAGGAUCACCUAGACGGACAGAUUAUGUGUUGUGAAAAACCAGGCCACAAAAGUGAACAUUUUGAUAUAAAACUAAUAUGAUGUAUUGCUCGAUAACAUAAACAGGUUCGUGUUGGUGAGCUCCACUAAGGAUCAUGCGUUGAAAAGCCUCAUACGAAGGAACUGAAUAUUCUGAAUACACAUCCUAAAAGGUUGUACAUUCAUUCAAUUUGUUGUUCAUUAAAUUGAUUACUUUUUAAUAUGACCAGAGCUUAAUAUUUGAAAAAUAAUCCGAAAUGAAACUAGUGAUAAUUUUAUGUGUGAUAAAAACUUGGUUAUAAACGUGUGUUAAUAUGUAAGAUGCACUCAUAUACAUCAUGUUACUGUUGUAAUACUUAA